CAUAUUCCUCUAGGGCUGGGUGGAGGGGGGAAGGGGGCAUGCACCUGCCUGGCUACCUAAGGAAAGCUUACCUAGCACUGAAUGCUCUACUCUUGGCAUGAAAUGUAACAUUAAUUUUUGUAAUUAUUUUGAUGCAUUUUUUUCAGGAGCUGCAGGAUCUUCCCUUCUGAAGUACUUAAGUAUAGGGCAAGGAAGGGCCAGCUGGACUUGAAUAAGAGUGUGUCUACCACUCUCUUCCUCUGUGUAUUUUCUCUUUUAAAUUAGAAAAUAUAUUCAAAAACAUCAUGUUUCCAAUAAUAAAUAUUUUGGACACCAUUGAAUUUAUCAUUUUAUUUAUUUAUUAUUGCUUUGAAGCAUUUAUUUUAAUGUUUUUUAAUUAUCGAAAAAAUGUUGCUGGGAAAAUAGUACUUGUCACAGGAUCUGCAAAUGGAAUUGGAAAAGAAAUUGCCAAAAAUUUUGCACUUCUUGGCUCAAUCCUUGUUCUCUUGGACAUUGACGAAGAAGGUAACAGUGAAACAGCAGAGCUUGCCAAAGCCAAUGGAGCCCUAGCCGUUUAUACCUACAAGUGUGAUUUGCGCAAAAGAGAAGAAAUAUACGCAGUGGCAGAUCAGGUUAAAAAAGAAGUAGGAGAUCCAGAGAUGCUAAUCAAUAAUGCAGGUAUAGUAAAGGGAAUGAUCUUUGAGGAUCUUACUGACUCGGAUAUACAAGAAACACUGGAAGUCAAUACUGAAGCCCAUUUCUGGACCUGCAAAGCCUUUCUUCCAGCUAUGAUUGCCAACAACCAAGGCCAUUUGGUUACUAUUUCUAGUUUAUCAGCCUUAUUUGGGGCCACGAAACUCACAGAUUAUUGUGCUAGUAAAUGUGCAGCAUCUGGGUUUUUGGAAUCUCUUGCUUUUGAAAUGACAGCUGCGGGAAAGAAAGGUAUUAAAGCCACCAUUGUCAUUCCUUCUUUUGUGGAAACAGGAUUCGUUACUGGGGUAAAAGCCAGCAGGCCACAGCUGUUUCCUGUCUCGGUAAACUAUGUGGUAAAGAAGAUUGUGGAUGGUAUUCUGAAAGAGAAACUUUACGUGGUCCUGCCAUCAUAUGCAAGACUAAAUGUUUUGAAACUAUUUCUGCCUACAAAGGUGGUUUUCCUUAUUGCAGAGUUUUACGGACGUUUCAAGAACUUAGAUAACUACAAAGGCAGUGUUCGAAGAGGAACAAAGGAUUGAGAAAUGGUGCACAAUCUCCUACAUUAGAAUUCCUCUUCUUGGUAAUUAAUGGACUUGAUAGCUGUAUGAUUGGCUGCUUCAGAUGCUUCCUCCAGACCAGCUUUUGUCUUUCACUUAUCCUAUAGAUGUGUAACGUCAAAUGAUUAAAACAAUUAAAAUGUACUAUUAAUAAC